AUGUAGAAAAUCUAUGUUCCACAAACUCAACACUAUUUAAUAUAAAAAUUAAUUGAAAAGUUGAAUAAAUAAAAAAAAAUGAAGAAAUUGAUUAGUUUAUUGAUUUUGCUAACAAUUACUUAAACUAUGUAAAUUUUGAUUAAUGAAACAGAGAAAGUUGAUAAUGAAAAACUCGAAUAGUUAUUUGAUAUACACUAUUUAGGAGAUAUGUAGAAAUUAAAAUAAAAUUUUAAGCUAUUCAGGUUAUUUAAAAGUAGAUGAUGAAGGAACAACAGAAUUUUAUUAUUUAUUUUAUCCAUCUCUAAAAGAAUCUUUAAAAAAACCUGUAAUUCUUUGGUUAAAUGGUGGUCCUGGAUGUUCAUCAAUUUAAGGUGCAUUUAAUGAGAACGGUCCUUUUGUAUUUAAAGCAGGCACAAGUGAGUUUGAAUUGAACAAAUAUUCAUGGACAAACUUUGUAUAUGUUGUUUACUACCUAAUUAUAGGCUAAUAUGAUUUAUCUUGAAUCACCUAUCUCUGUAGGUUUUUCAUAUGGUUCAUAAGUAGAAUAAUCCGAUGAAUCAACAGCUAAAUAUAAUCUUAAAGCUAUGAUUGAUUUUUUUAAUAAAUUCUAAGAUUAUAGAAAGUUACCAUUUUAUAUUGCAGGAGAAUCAUUUGGUGGAGUAUAUGGUCCAACCUUAGCGAAAGAAAUCAUUAAUUAUAAUGAUUAAUAAACUAUAGAAAAUCGUAUAAAUUUAUAAGGAUUGGCUAUUGGAAAUGGAUGUACAGAUCCAAGUGAAUGUACACAUGAUGCAUGGGCAUUUUAAAUUCAUGUUUUUCAUUAAGUUGGAAGACAUAACUUUAUAAGUGAGGAAUUAUAUGAAGAAAUAAGGAAGGAGGAAGAUAAAUGCAUUAAAGAAAAAGGAAAAUUAGAGAUUUGUAAAAAAAUAUCAAAAGAAGUUGAAGAAUAAAUAACAGGAAAGGAUAAAAAUAUAAAAGCUAAUUAAUAUAAUAUAUAUGGACCAUGUUAUACUUAUACUCCUGAAGGUAGUAAAAGGGCUGAUAGAUCUUUAGGAAUGAGAAACCUUACUGAAGAUGCAGAUAUACCUGCUUGUGCUGAUAUAUAAGGGUUAUAUCAUCACUUAAGAUUAAAAGAAGUUAGAGAUGUAUAUGUAAAUAUAUAGUCUAGUUAUUACAUGUGAAAGAAUAAUCCUCAGAAUGGGAAGUAUGUUCCAAAAAGUUUGUAAACUAUAAAGAAAAUCCAAAAGGAUCUUAUUAUUUAUAUGAAGAAAUAAUUAAAAAUUAAAUUAGAGUUUUGAUAUAUAGUGGAGAUGUUGAUGCUGUUGUUCCAGUAACUGGGACUAUGUUUUGGAUUGAUAAGUUGUAAUAAGAAUUAUGUAAUCUUUUUUUAAUUGUAUAUUUAUAGCUUUAAUCACUCUAAAACCUUGGAGAUCUUGGUAUGUACCACAAAUAAGAGAAGUUGAUCCUAACUAAAUUGCUGGAUAUGUCAAAGAUUUAAAUGGAUUGACAUUUUUAACCAUUCGAAAUGCUGGCCAUAUGGUACCAUUAGAUAAAAGAGAAGAAGCUUUAAUAUUUAUGGAAAAAUUUAUUAGAAAUGAAUAUUUUCCAUGAUAUUAAUCUUAUAUGUCUAUAUAUAGAAAUUGAAUAUGAG